CGGAAGUUACGCUAGGGACUCGCGAGCGCAGCGAUGGACCUGUAAGGAUAUAGGCCAUUUGGGGUAGGGGGCGGGCAGACCUCCUUGGACGGCGCCGGAAGUGGUCGUGCCGAGUAGAGCUAGGGAAGAAGCUGGCGAGCCAGCUCACUUGGCUGCAGCUGGCCGCUGGGGUAAGACGCCUUCUCCCUCCUCUCCGAGAGCCUGGCCCAUUCUCUCCGAUUCGGUCACCAUGGAUUUCAGGGAAAUUCUCAUGAUAGCUUCUAAAGGACAAGGAACCAACAGCGUACCGAAAAGGUAUAGUUUGGCAGUGGGUCCUGCCAAAAAAGACCCAAAAGUUAAGGGUGUCCAGCCAGCAGCUGUACAAGCUUUUCUCAGAAGAAAAGAGGAGGAGCUCAGACGAAAAGCCUUAGAGGAAAAAAGGAGAAAAGAAGAACUAGUGAAAAAGCGAAUUGAGUUAAAACAUGACAAGAAAGCAAGAGCUAUGGCCAAGAGGACAAAGGACAAUUUUUAUGGUUACAAUGGGGUUCCUGUUGAGGAAAAGUCAAAGAAAAGACAGGCAAUGGAAAGCCAUGGUCAGGGAACAGACCAAGAGUAUGAGAUGGAAGAAGAGGAAGAAUUCUUAGAAUACAAUCAAGCAGCAUCAGAGCAGGAGUAUGAAGAAGAGCAAGAACCUCCUCCCAAAGUUGAAAGUAAACCAAAGGUCCCCCUUAAAAGUGCCCCACCACUCAUGAACUUCACUGACUUACUCAGGCUGGCUGAGAAAAAGCAGUACGAACCAGUGGAAAUCAAGGUGGUGAAGAAAACAGAAGAGCGGCCUAUGACUGCACGAGAACUUAGGGAGCGAGAAUUUCUUGAACGAAGGCAUAGGAAAAAGAAACCUGAGGCAGAUGCAAGACUACCUCCAACCAAAAAGGCACCCUCUCAGACAGAAAGUAUGGGCACAAAACCUAGCAGAGUUUCUGGGAACAAGCAUCCUUCUUCCAAGGGUACUCCCCUUCCUCGUGAUGAGAAGAAAUCCAGACCCAGCGCAGCUAAUGAGAAACAUUUAGGUUUGUUUUCAUCCAAAUCCAUGCCAGGAGAGAGGACCAAAGCAGGAUCUAGCAACUGCUCCCAACCCUCGCUUCGGAAGGACCAUGACAGGCCUGUUUUCAAUGGGGCUGGAAAGACCCACUCGAGCACCUAUUCACCAAGUGUCCCAAAGACUUCUGCUAAAGGGAUGCAGAAAUCUGUUACUGAGCACAAAGCCAAAAAAUCUCCUCCCCAUCCUAGCCAUUCCAGACCUGGACCCGUGGUCACCCCACAUAAGGCUAAGAGUCCAGGUGUCAAGCAGCCAGGCAGCAGUUCCAGCCUAGCUCCUGGGCGGCCCAGCACAGUGAGUGUUCGGCCUACAGUUAGUUCUGGCUCCGUGCCCAAGCGCCAGGAUGGCAGCUCCAGCUCAGGACCUGAGCGAUCAGUCAGUGGGACCAAGAGGCCAGCCAGUGACUCAAAUCCUCCUAGAAGGACAGGUGGCUCUGGACGACCCAUCAGUGGCUCAGGUGGUUCUGGGAAGUCAGUGGUCAGCCCUGGUGGCCCUGGGCGGCCUGUGCACAGUCCACAUGACCGACGACCAAUGAGUGGCUCAGUGCCCCCCGGGCGGUCAGUCAGUGGCUCAGUUCCAGCUGGACGGACUGUCAGUAGUUCAGGCCCUGGAAGACCAGUGAGCAGCUUGGGACCUGGGCGAAUAGUUAGUAGCUCAGGUCCCCCCCAUAAGCCCAAAUGCACUGUUGUCUCAGAAACAAUAUCUUCUAAGAAUAUCAUUACCCGGCCCAGCAAUGGACAGAUGAAUGGAAUGAAGCCUUCCUUGGCUGGCUACAGAUCUGCCCAAGGUCCUCAAAGGCUUCCCUUCCCUAGUGGUUACAAAAGACCGAGAGACUGUGAAGAGGAGGAAGAUGAGGACUAUGACUCUGAAAUGAAAGAUUUUAUCGAAGAUGAAGGAGAAUCUCAGGAAGAAAUAUCCAAGCACAUUCGCGAAAUCUUUGGCUAUGACCGAAAAAAAUACAAAGAUGAAAGUGAUUAUGCCUUACGUUACAUGGAGAGUAGUUGGAAAGAACAGCAGAAGGAAGAAGCAAAGAGUUUAAGACUAGGUAUGCAAGAGGACUUAGAGGAAAUGAGACGGGAGGAAGAAGCAAUGAAAUGCCGAAAGGUCAAGAAGCUGAAAAGACGUUAGCUGCUGCUUUUAUUUAUUUUUGUGAAACUCUGGAGACACUCUACUGCAAAGAAGUCCUGCCUUCGGACUGAAGAAGCCCAUUAUCACUUUAGAUUUAUACUUGGGACCUCAUGGACAAGGAAUGGAUACUAUAUAUUUUGAGCAUAAAGUAUUUUCAAAUACUUACCGGGGUGAAAUCUGUAGUGCAGAUGACAUAAUGCCCAGUGAGUGCUCUUAGGAAGUUAACUGCUCACAGGUGCCGGCCUUGAUCCUGAUGAGCUAUGCACUCUAAUGUGGGCCCACUCAACAGUCAGCCAAUCUUCUUUUGUUCCUUUGCUAAUUUAAAAAGGAAAAAAGAUUGCUUCUUGACUUCCAUAAUUCUGUUGAUGGUUGAGUAGGGCAAUGGCUGGCUCCCAAUCAAACUUAUUUUGUCUUUUUAUGAGGAAUCUGGCCCUUCCAUGAAUGUUGCCAGCAAUAAAGUGACCUGUUCUAAUCUAUAUGUUUGGAUUGAGAACUUGAAAAUGUAGAGUAGGCUUUAUAAUUAUAUGGAUGUCAUCUCUGUGACUUUGAAGUAAAAAGUAGAAUAAAUUAUAUUGUAUUCUAUAUUCAUGGAUUGGAUGCUGAGCAUUCUUAUUCACUGAUUUAGGUGAUUAGGCAACUAACCAAAAAAAUUUCAAUUUAAAAAACAAGCUAUGCCAUUUGGUAUAAGAAUAUUCUUUUCCAAGUUUUCCUUUCAGAUUUAUUGUAAAAUAGACAAUGUUACUGUGCUGAAUUUUAUCUAAAAAGUCAUUUUAUAUUGAAGAAAAAAUAUUUUAUUCAAAGAUUAGAGUUGAAAGAGUAAUAGCUUAAAAAAUAAGCAAGUGACACGUGAGGCGACCCUUACUCCUCCAUUAUGAAGAUACUUUGGAAUCCAAGGUGCCCUUGUAUCUCUUGAUGUUAAUGACUUUGCAUUUUUAUCUUUAAAUUCCUUAGCAAUUAAUGGCAAAAACCAAAAACUAAAUUCAUGUGUAUCAAGAGCA